AUGAAAGGGAAUAAUAGUAAGAAGACGAUGACGAAGCAGAUAACAACGAGACGUGACGACACGCCGUUACUCACGGCGGUUAGAGAAGGUAAAACGGAGAUUGUUCUAGAGAUGAUCGGAGAACACGACGGAGAUGGCUUAAGGCUUAAAGAUUUACUGUCGGAGCAAAACCAGUCAGGUGAAACAGCUUUAUACUUAGCGGCGGAGUCUGGUCACACCGACAUGGUUAAGAUUCUGAUGAAACAUUCAGACUCUGUCUUAGCUUCAACCAAAGCUAAAAACGGCUUCGACGCAUUUCACAUCGCCGCCAAAAACGGAAAUCUAAAGGUUCUUGAUGUGUUAAUGGAAGCAAAUCCAGAGCUUUCAUUUACAUUUGAUUCAUCUAAAACGACUGCGCUUCACACGGCGGCUUCGCAAGGACAUGGAGAGAUUGUUUGUUUCUUGUUGGAUAAAGGUGUGGAUUUAGCUGCUAUUGCGAGAAGCAAUGGUAAAACGGCUUUGCAUUCUGCGGCUAGGAACGGGCACACGAGGAUUGUGAAGGAGCUGAUUGAAAAGAAAGGUGGAAUGGUUACUAGAGUCGAUAAGAAAGGUCAGACCGCGAUUCAUAUGGCGGUUAAAGGACAGAAUGUCGAGAUUGUGGAUGCGUUGAUGAAAGCGGAUUCUUCGUUGAUCAAUGCAGCGGAUAAUAAAGGAAACACUCCUUUGCAUAUCGCGGUCCGUAAAAACCGAGUAGAGAUUGUUCAGACGGUUUUACAGUAUGAUGAAAUCAGUAGAGUGGCGGUUAAUAAAUCAGGAGAAACAGCUCUUGAUAUCGCUGAGAAAACCGGACUGCACGAGAUUGUAUCGCUGCUUCAGAAGAUCGGUAUGCAGAACGCAAGAUCCAUCAAGCCAGCCGCAGCAACGGAACCAGGCUCUUCUAGGAAAUUGAAAGAAACUGUUAGUGAAAUAGGCCACGAGGUGCAUACUCAGCUCGAACAAACAGGGAGAACAAGAAGAGAGAUACAAGGAAUCGCUAAACGGGUCAACAAAAUGCACACGGAAGGACUCAACAACGCGAUUAACUCCACAACCGUUGUCGCCAUUCUCAUAGCAACCGUAGCUUUCGCAGCUAUCUUUAACGUUCCAGGUCAAUUUACGGAUGAUCCGAAAAACGUUCCUUUAGGGUAUACACUUGGAGAAGCAAGAGCAGCUUCAAGACCCGAGUUCUUGAUCUUUGUCGUGUUUGAUUCUUUCGCGCUCUUCAUAUCUUUAGCCGUGGUUGUUGUUCAGACAUCAGUAGUGGUAAUAGAGAGGAAAGCGAAGAAGCAAAUGAUGGCGAUAAUCAACAAACUCAUGUGGAUGGCUUGCAUAAUGAUCUCGAUAGCCUUCUUAUCGCUUUCUUUCGUUGUUGUUGGAGAUAAAGAGAAGCCUUUAGCUAUUGGUGUAACAGCUAUUGGAGCUUUGAUCAUGGUUUCAACACUUGGAACUAUGUGUUAUUGGGUGAUUGCGAAUCGGAUUGAAGGUUCUAAAUCUUCACCAGCUUCAAUGAUGUCAGAUCCUGAGUUAGUUGAUCAUAAGCAUAACCGGAAACUUUAUGCGGUUUGA